UGUUUGUAUAUUUGGCUGGUUUAAAUCGUUACUGAAAUGGGAAAGCUCUGUAAUUUAAGUCUGAAUCUAUAAUAGCUUGGGACAUUGUGAUUUGUGUAUAUUCUGAGUUUCUGUAGUAAAUGUACUGUAACUCUACUGGGACUGAAGCCUUGAAUAUACUCGAUUGCUAGAUGCUGUAUAGAUACUAAAGUAGAUUGAAUACAGACAGUGGAUGAUCAGAAUCAAUUAGAGUGUAUAAGAGGAGGAGAAAGAGAGAAAACAGCAUGUGUAUUGCCUUAUACCGUAAAGUUUUGCGCUUGAAUCUAUAUUGCCGUGUGAUUCUGUAAAUUGUUUCACCUUUGAACCAACGCUUCAAGAGUCAAGUCCUCGUUUUUCUUAUUCAUCUUCCCUUCAUUUUAACCGCUUUUGAAAAAUGGGAUCCCAACAUUUCUACGUGUACCAUUGUGAGCAAAGAAUCAGCUAGACAGAGAGCUCACUUUCCUUCCUCGACAAAAGUUUCUUCCUUUGGUUUGGUUUUUGUAUACUUUCUUCAUUCUAAGAUUUCCUCGAAGUUAUGGUGUGCCAGUCACCCGGUAAGACAAGAUUUCGAGCAUUGAAGUACGAGACAGGAAACGCCAACAAAUCAACUAUUGUAGUGAGAGUUAUUGAAUGCUAUCAACCGAUGGAUAAUUGCCAGGCUGAAUACUUCAGACUUCUACUCAAACCAGUCACGUAGUUGGUUCGUGAUUCUUCGCUAUAUUUUCAAUCUGGGAUCAAUUUUUCGUUCGUUUUUCUUUUACAAUUUUCUCAAAAAGGGCACAGGAAGACUGCGUUCACCCUAUUGAGCAACUUAACAGUCGUGUAGUACUAUUUACAAGUUCCCUUGAGUUCAACUGGUAGAGCAUGCCUCUAGAUAUGAGGCAACGGGAUUUGCCUCUGGGCUUAAGUCCAACUUGCUUUGAGGAUAUAGCAGGUCAGUCUGUCCAUCCUGGAAUUCCUCUCCCUGAGCUUGGGAAACUAUACGCAGCUGAGCUUCAAGCUCGCUGUUUGCAGCCACCACCAUUCCAGUCUUUACUGUGCAGUCAGGAUAAGGAGUCUUGUGGAAACCGAUUCUCACUGUCUGAGAUGCGGUCUUGGUGCGCUGUUGCUGCUGCUACUACUACUCCACAUGGAGCAUUAGAGUCUUCUCAAAAAAGACUUGUGAUAUUCGAUCAGAUAGGAAAUCAGACUCGUCUAAUGCACUGUCCAUUUCCUCUACGGUUUCCAUCUCACAAGGCUGUGGAACCAGUCAAACUCUCUGAGUUACACUCUCUUGAGAAAGCUGUCAGUGGAGAUAAUGAAGAGUUUGGUGAGAACCAUUCAAAUGGAAAAGAGUCAGAAAUGCAUGAAGACACUGAGGAGAUCAAUGCAUUGCUAUAUUCAGAUGAUGAUUAUGAUGAUGAUUGCGAGAGUGAUGAUGAAGUAAUGAGCACUGGUCACUCUCCUUAUCUUUGCAACAAAAGGAAAUUGGAUGAAUUUGAUGGUCCUUGUAAAAGGCAGAAACUACUGAAUAAGGAUAACAAAAUCAGCGAGUCAUCAUCACUUGUGGGCACUAAGAGUUCUACAAAACUCUAUGGGUCGUCCUUUCUUAAGGACAAAAACAUCUCGACCAAGGAAGAAACUGGUUCUGGUAUAAGCAACGAGCAGUCGAAGAAAGACAAGAUCCGUACAGCGCUGAAAAUACUCGAGAGCAUAGUCCCUGGUGCAAAAGGAAACGAAGCUCUCUUGCUUCUGGACGAAGCAAUUGAUUACCUAAAGUUGCUGAAACGAGACUUGAUCUCCACAGAGGUUAAGAACCAAACCUCCACCACUCACAAGUCACCAAUCUUGUUGGUUAAAGAGACAACAUGGGGAACAAGAAAUCUGCAGACAGAUAAGGCUUGAAGAUUCUCACAAGUUGAAACGUGUGAAGUGGUUUUUGGGUACGUAUCAUCUGCUUUUUAGCUGUAUAUAGUGGACUGCUUUAAGUAUAUAUGCUGGUGCAAUUUCAAAAAGUUAAAGAAGAAAAGAGGUCACUUUCUUCUUCUCUGUGUGUGGAAAGAAAAGCCAAAGUCCUCAUGGUCAUUGAUCGACAAUGAUUAUCUUUUUUGGCGGAGUGUGGAUGGUGAAAUCAAAAGGCAAUAUUCAAAGUCUCAUCUCAAACUCGCGUGGUCUAUGAAUCUCCCCCCUAAGGUAAUAAAAAUAUCUCUGACCCACUCUCUUUUGUCUAUAUGAUGACUGUAUGGGUCCAUGUUUUUAUGAAUAUGUCAUGUUCAUGUAAUUGGGUGGGGUAAUAUAAGUUAAGUGUAUGUAAUAAUGCAAACUAUUCCUUGGGUCUUUUUGCUUCAACCCACAUGUUACUGGUUUUGUUGUGUCUGUUUUGUUGUAUUUUCAAAUGAUUUUGUAAUAAACCAAUGAGGUCUUUUUUG